CACAAUGUCAAGGUUUAAUAAUCACGUGAUAUAGGGCACUAGUUUUUCAUCCUUGCAUAAACGGACCAAUUGGAGACAUCGGGCCACGAAAACUCUUUGUUCCAGGAAAAUGUGGUUAACGGGUCUUCCGUAUCACGCGACGGUGAACCGUUUAUUGUGCCAUAAACCUCUCAGAUCUUGAGCAGAGAAAACAUUAACCCCCUUUUUUUCAAUGUCCACGGCGUCGUGCCGCUGCGAAUAUGACCAGUAAACACGGUACCAGGAGACAAUGGCUCGUGCAGUGUCUAGCAGUUUUCUGGACCGUAGUGGUGUAUAGACCAACCUUGGCCGUGUAUUUGGUUGGCAGGCCUAGUUCCCAGACUUCCACUUUUAAAGAGUCCACACCGGCAUACAAGGGAGUGGAUGGGGUACCCACCUCCUGUGCCAUUACUCGCGCUGCGGAGCAUCCUUGGUGGCGCGUAGACAUGCUGCAGGAAUACUGUGUUGGGGCAAUCACCGUGGUUAAUCGGGCUGAUUGUUGCGCGGAACGCCUCGUUGGAGCAACAGUCCGUGCCGGACUAAGCCCAACGAUCAGUGAGAACACAUUAUGCGGUUCGCCGGUGUCUGCAGAGCAAGCUACCCCGGGCGCCUGGCUUCGCUUCACCUGUGACCCACCGGUACAGGCUCGGUACGUCAGCGUAGACAUUGAUCUCGAGGGAACAGGCAGAACGCAGUUCUUGACGGUAUGCGAGGUCAAGGUGGAGGAAUCUACUGCCUGGGAUUGCCAUGAUUGGACAGCCAACUCCACGGGCUUCUUAGAUGCCACUUGCGUCACCCCUACGCCACUGCUGGAUCCAAGCGGCGACACCGGUGCUUUCAUCGGUACUUACCUGGGUGUUCAAGACGCCACAGCUUCCGUGUCCUUCGGUCGCAUUUCGCAGACCGGUCAUACUGGAAAUCCAGCCCUUCCCACGUCGGCACUUCAAGUCUCACAUCCUUUGGACGCUACUGACGCCGAACUACUGUACCUUCCCCGUUCUGGCGGCCUUCUGAGAAUCGGAGCCUUCUACUGCCUCGCAAGGAAGGAUGAGACAACGACGAAAAUCGCCAUAAUCAUUCUUCACAAAAACGAGAACAUAGUUCAUAUCCGUCCUGUAGUUCUGACAAAGACAAUCAAUGUAAUGGAAUCUGCUACCCUGGAGAUGAGAACCGUAAACCCACCUACCUCUGACAUCCGAUGGAGACACAAUGGAGGACCUUUCAUCGACCGUUCCCAGGGCAAACUCAAUCACUACAUUCCAUCUGCCUGCCUAGGGGAUUCUGGGAUAUAUGAGUGCCACGUUAAUACCUUCCGGCCCUUGCAACUCCACGGCAUUAUGAAACUCAUUGUAAGAGAAUGUCCAUCUGGAAGGUGGGGCCCGGAUGUUUCCUGCAGCAAGCUGUGUCCACCCUGUUACAAUGGAGGCAUUUGCGACGCCAUAUCCGGAAGAUGUGUCUGUGCUCCUGGUUUCAUGGGCCGAUAUUGCGAGGAAGUUCUCGGACGAGACGUCUUCGGCCAGGACGGCAGUCAUUACUGCCAUGGUUCGGACGAUUCUCAAAGCAACGGCUGCCGGGGAAAACUGUUUUGUCUUCCUGACCCAUACGGAUGUUCAUGCGCGGCAGGAUUCAAGGGAUUUGAUUGCAUGCAAGAAUGCGAAGAAGGGACUUAUGGCGCAGAUUGUAAACAAACAUGUCACUGCGCCCCCAGCGUUGUCUGCCGAAAGGACACAGGUGAAUGCCAGGGAGCUUGUGCCCCGUCAUACUUCGGUGUCAACUGCCAACAAACAGCUUGUCCAGUCGGAUUCUUUGGAACUGAAUGUAACCAGGUUUGCCACUGCCAAAGUGCCACUUGUCACCGAGAUUCUGGGGAAUGUGACGGCCCAUGUGCCGAAUCGUACUUUGGAGUGAAUUGCCAAGAGACUGCUUAUGAUGGUGUACCCGAUUUAGUGGCUUACCCAAGUGGCGCCAACCCAGGUCAUCUGAUUCUCUCCUGGGGAAAAGACAGUGCCGCGUUUUACACCAUUGCGUAUGAGUUAGUCAAUCGAGGUCACUGUCAGCCAAUUACGGACCCGGAUCGCAAGUUUCACCCUGACCGCCUCGAUCGAAACACCUCUCAUUUCAUCCUGACCAACCUCGAGCCCUCAUCGGUGUAUAAAGUCUACGUGCAGUCGCACUACGGCAUCCACAGCAUGUUGCCAGCUGAAUCCUUUGUGGUAGUGUCAACAUUCCAGGCAAAUGACUCACAGGUGGUCAAAGACUUUAGAGUGGUCGAUGUUACCUCGAGCAGUUUUCUUCUUAGUUGGCGCCCAGUGCAGUGUGCGACGGGUUAUCACGUGACCUCUGACCUUAUACAAAGAGGGAACUGUUCAAGAUCGGAAUUCCCCCAAGAACGAUCGGCCGUCAUGACUCCAGACACCUCGGUAACCAUAGCCUGCACGGAACCUUUCGCAACAUACAAUAUCUCAAUUCUUGCUACCGUUGGUGAUGUAAAUGGAUCGACCUCUACUUUGCAAGUAAUGAGUUCGCCAGCAGCACCAGGAACACCAGAAAGUCUGUCACUGGUCUCGUCUACUCCGAGUGCCCUUCACUUUGCUUGGAAUGAUCUUCCCUGCGAAGAGCAACAUGGUCAUUUCCAUGGUUAUUGUUUUGCUCUACGUGAUACGUCUACUGGGGACACCGUGGCUUCGGACACGACAUUGGUGGCAGAAGUAGGAUUCUCUGGCCUCACGCCGUGUCGGCAGUAUGACUUCAGGGUGGCGUCAACUGCAUCUGGUUUACAAAGCCCUUAUUCGCCCUGGCUCAAUGUUCAGACGGCUGUCCAAGAACCUGGUCCAGUGAACAACGCAACAGUUGGAGAUUCAUCUUCCACUGAAAUUACAGUGUCCUGGCAACCUCCCCUCGUCAAUUCCUGUGGUGUAUCUGGAUACAAGCUACGAUAUGUGCUGACUAUACAUGACAUGUGUUCAAAGACCACCUUGCCAACAGUAUCCAUGGAUACCGUAUCGACAAAUGUAAGGCUGACAGGUCUAAUUCCCGCAUCGCAGUAUCAGGUGUUUGUGAAAGCGACAAAUUCUGCCGGGGAAGGUCGAGAGACUUCAGUUUUGUGGACCACAGACGACUCGGUACCAACCGACCCGCCUCAAGAUAUCAUGGUUUUUCUAAUCUCCGGAAACAACAGCAUCGGUUUCUCCUGGAGUCAGCCCUCUUGCGGAGGAAGGGGUGGAGCCAUCAUGCAAUACUCCUACCGGCUGACCCAUAUGAUCGAUGGUCUUCCUCUCACUGACUCGACCGGUGACACAGCGAGGGAAUGGGUGGUCAUCUCUGGGUUGGUGCCCUUUAGACAGUACAGUUUCCAGGUCGCUGCUCGCACCACUGUCGGGAUUGGACCCUACAGUCAGAUCGUUCAAGCAACUAUAAAACGAGGCCAGGACGCAAAUUUACUGCCAACGGUAACCGGUUUUUCAUCAUCAGCAGCAGAGAACAGAAUGGUCACCCCAUCGAGCAAGUUGUCAGACGAGGUGCAUGUUACACCCAAGCUAUCAGCCAAGUCAGUGGGUUCAGGCUCUGGCAUCACGGCUACAGUUACUGCCGUAGUAUUGACGGGCCUUGUGCUGAUUGUCGUCUUCGUUGUGGUAUUUAUUAAGCUCAGGCGAAGCAGGGGACGCCUCCAGUUGUGGCGUCACGGCAGACUGACCAAUUGUGAGAAUGACAACGCAGAAAUUGAGACAGAGAUGAAGUCCAGGAUGAAAUAGACACCAGGCAAUCAACUUGCUGAAAGAUCAAGCCUCUACUACAAAGUAAAAAAUGGAAAGUUAAAUAAGAAAUGUCUUCAUAGCGCUGUACAUGUACAGGCCUAUCAUCGAAACCUGCAGGUGCGCUUACUUUCAUUUUUCUACACGAAGUGAGAAAUACACAAAAGAGAAUAACCGUAAAUACUUAGUACUAAAGCCUAGAUUGUUCAUGUUUUAUCACUGCUUAUAACUUUUGUAUCACUUUGCUGUUUGUAAAGUUGUUCCAUGGAAAAUUGCUUGCGGACCUCAACAGAACUUAAGCUUUGCGUAGAACAGUUCAAAGAGUAUUAAAUUUAACACUGCAUGUUUGUCAACUUCGUCUCUUUAUGCUCAUGACGAUGUAUCGUGUAUAUCCACACGAUGCGGUGUGGGACUUUGCAGCCAGUUCAUCACAGGAACCAAAAGAAAUUUCUCAAUUUAUGGCUCAUGGGUUUCGUAGUGAACUUUUUUAUGCUAGUUAUUGCCUUAAAACCGGAGUAAGCAGUUGGAUGCUUUUAGUAAUUGCUUUCCCUAUGGAAUUGUUGUGUAAAAGUUAAGCCUUGUGAUGAAACUGAAAGUAACUACUUUUUGCUGUUUGUAAGACCUUAAAGUCUCUUCGAAAUGACAAGUCACUUCCUUGCCAUGUAUUAAUGCACAAUAGAUUUUUGAGUGCUGGACGUUUGAAG